UACCUUCUUAAAAUGGCGAGAAUUUCUGCGAAGAAACUUUUUAUUUUCUGUGUUUGCAUUUCGGCGUUUAUUUUUCUCAUUAUUACGUUUCAGGUUGUGGAAGAGCUGGGCCAGGUUGAACGGACAGUGCACCGACUCCCCCUGAAGGAGAGAGAAGAGUUAACACAAAUACAGGUAUUCGAAGACAUUAACCUUCCCUUAAAGGAGAAGAUACCUGGUGGUGUAGGGGACCAGUACCCUUUGAUUGUGUGGUGGUCACCAAUAACAGGUGAAUCAGGAAGACUUGGAGAAUGUGGAAAUAACAGAUGCUUCUUCACUAUCAACAAGUCGUACUAUUCUCAUCCUUCUGCUCAGGCCUUCCUGUUUUAUGGUACAGAUUUCAGCAUUGAGAAUCUCCCUUUGCCCAGGAAGAGGCACCAUGAAUGGGCUCUGUUCCAUGAGGAGUCACCCAAGAACAACUAUAAGCUUUUUCAUGAACCAGUCAUCACUCUUUUCAACCAUACUGCCACAUUCAGCAGGAACUCCCACCUGCCUCUCACCACUCAGUACCUCGAGAGUCUGCACAUCCUUACCACACACACAUACCUGCUCCCCCUUGCCCAAAAGAAUGUGCUUAGGCAAACCCUAGCUCCCAUAGUGUAUGUCCAGUCAGACUGUGACCCACCCUCUGACAGGGAUGUCUAUGUACAAGAACUGAUGAGGUAUGUCCAAGUAGACUCAUAUGGUCAGUGUCUACACAAUAAGGACCUUCCCUCUCAUUUAAGGGACUCCACAAGCAUGGAGGAACAGGAUUUCUACCACCUCCUAGCCCAGUAUAAGUUCAUCCUAGCUUUUGAGAAUGCUAUUUGUGAUGAUUACAUCACAGAGAAGCUGUGGAGGCCUCUCAAACUGGGCGUGGUUCCUGUAUACUACGGGGCUCCCAAUGUGCAUUUAUGGCUCCCAAGCAACAGGAGUGUAAUUGUGGUUGACCCAAAUGAAAAACCAGAGAAUCUGGCUCAGUAUUUAAAGAGACUGGACAAAAACGACUGGGAGUAUUUAACGUACCUGGAAUGGAAGCACAAGCGCGAAAUCCCUAACCAGAGACUUAUUGCAGCCCUGCAGGAACGUCAGUGGGGGGUCCAGGAUAUUACCCAGGAUAAUUUCAUUGACGUUUUUGAGUGUAUGGUAUGCAACAGGAUCUGGGAGAACAAGAACAGGAAAAAACAGGGCUUACCCACUAAAAUCUGGCAAGCUGACGUGAACCAUCUCAGAUGUCCUGCUCCGAGAAUGUUUGACUUUGCUGCUGGCCAACUGAGUAGAACUUCUCUGAGGGGGAUCUGGAGGCCUAGUUUUGAGCAGUCUAGAAGAGAGGCCCGAGCUCUGAGACUGCUUAUACAGAGGAACAGAAACUUCACAGUGAAUGAAUACUGGAAGGAGGUAUUCCGUGACUAG